AUGCAGACUUCGACAUUUUCCAACAAGCGUUUUUUUGUGACGUUCAUCGACGACAAGUCGCGGUUUUGUACUGUGUACCUAAUUCACAGCAAGUCUGAAGUGUUAGACAAAUUCACGCAGUUCACCAAGUUUCCUGAGACUCAGACCGGUCGUCGCAUCAAGAUGCUCCGCAGCGAUAACGGUGGAGAAUGUGUGUCCAACAAGUUCGCCGCGUUGUGUCGCAUCAAAGGCAUCAUACAGCAAUUUACGCCGCCGUACACCCCACAACUUAACGGAGUGGCGGAGCGAAGGAACAGGACUCUAGUCGAGAGUGCUAGAUGCAUGAUCGAGCAUGCGGGACUAAGCAAGCGCUACUGGGUCGAAGCAGUGUCAACGGCAGCGUUCCUACGCAAUCGAUGUCCAACGCAAGCAAUUGGCCAUGAAAAGUCCCCGCACGAGGUAUGGACGAAGACGAAGCCGUUGUUAAAAAACCUGAAAGUCUUUGGAUGUCACGCAUAUGUGCAUGUGCCAAAAGAGAAGAGGUCGAAGCUUGGUGCGCGAUCGACAUUGUGUCGCUUCUUGGGAUACUCAGACCACGAAAAGGCGUACCGGUUUGAAGAGAUAUCAAGCAGUCGCAUUCUAGUGAGUCGCGACGCCCAAUUCAUGAAAGACAUGUUCGACAGCGGGAAGUACAUGCAACAAAGUGGCAUCGACCCUAUCGAGUAUCAUAACACUGAUGAAGGCUUCAACGACAGUGACAACGGGGUUGCCAAUGAAGACAUGGAUGCGCAUAUGCCCGAAUCAGCAUCGAUCCAUGAGCGGCCACAAUGGCAACAAAUGCGGCGUUCAAGUUAUCAACCGCAGUAUAUGCAGCAUCAGACAGACGAGUUUCUACCGGGGUCGAAAAGACGUGUACGCACACAGUCACUAGAAGCUUUGUCAGAGCCACCAGUGGAAAAACGCUAUGGACGCGGGGCUAGUACAAGUGGUGUGCACACAUCGUCAGUGCAAGGUACUGCGUCACCACUCGAAGCCAUGUCGGCACUUCUCGCAUCUAUUGAUGAAGAAGAACAUGAAGAAGACUUUGCUAACGUCGUGGAUUCAGUGGGAGAAGUGCCGAUGACAUUUUCAUCGGCUAUGGAAUCCAGCGACGCAAGAAAGUGGCGAGAAGCGUGCGAAUCAGAGUUUCAGUCAUUGUGCAAGAACAACACGUGGGAACUCGUGCCGUUACCAAGUGAUCGCAAGGCGAUCAGCAGCAAGUGGGUGUUCAAGGUGAAGGAAACAGUCGAAGGUUUUGUCGAGCGAUACAAGGCACGCCUUGUGGCCAAGGGUUUUCUGCAAAAAUAUGGAGUCGACUUCGAAGAAACGUUUGCACCAGUGGCCAAGUUCACAUCGAUACGGAUCAUCCUGAGUCUCGCGGCACAGUACCAGCUCGUGCUACAUCAGAUGGAUGUCAAGACUGCUUUCCUCAACGGUAUUUUGGACGAAGAGAUCUACAUGAAGCAACCCGAGGGAUUCGUCGACUCCAAAUAUCCUGAUCAUGUGUGCAAGCUGAAGCGUGCACUGUACGGUCUCAAGCAAUCGCCUCGCAUGUGGAACCAGACAAUUGAUGACUUCAUGCUCAAGAUUGGUUUCACCAAAUGCGAGAUGGACCACUGUGUCUACGCCAAGCGUGACGACAAGGUCAUGGUGUUUGUGGUCAUCUACGUUGACGACCUCAUCCUUGCGUGUAACGACAUGGACAUCCUCGCAGCCACCAAACGUGCAUUGAGCGAGCGCUUUGAGAUGUCCGACCUUGGUGAGCUCAAGUACUGUCUUGGUAUGGAAGUCGAGCAUGAUGACAAGUCAGGCUAUGUAUCGAUGAAACAGACUAAGUUCUUGCGAUCGAUUCUGACCAAGUUUGGCAUGCAAGACUGUAAGCCUGUUAAGACACCGCAAGAUCCCGGACUGAAGUUGACUAAGCGCAUGUGCAAAGAUGGAUGCAAGCACAACUACACCAUGCGAGGAGUGCCAUACCGAAGUGCCGUCGGAGCCUUGAUGUACCUCAUGGUAGGCACGCGUCCAGACCUCGCAGCUUCAGUGGGAGUGCUCAGCCAGUUUGCCGCCGAUCCCUGUCCGACACACUGGCAAGCACUCAAGCGUGUAUUGCGGUAUCUGCAAGCUACUCCUGCACUUGGUAUUCAUUUUAUUGGCGCUGGCAAUGGCAAGUUGCUUGGCUAUUCCGAUGCCGACAGGGCCGGAGACAUCGAUACUAGAACAAGUACCAGCGGGUAUGUGUUCAUGCUCAACAAUGGCUGCAUCAGCUGGCGCAGCAAGAAGCAGCGCACUGUAGCCCUCUCGUCAACUGAAGCUGAGUACAUGGCUUUGUCAGAAGCGACCCAAGAAGCAGUGUGGCUCAAGGCGUUCAUGAGUGAGCUCGGUGAAGUUACGGGCAAUGAUGCUGUAACAGUGUAUGAAGACAAUCAAGGCGCGAUUGCAUUGGCCAAGAACCCCGAGUUCCACAAGCGGACCAAGCACAUCGACAUUCGCUACCACUUCGUGCGAGAAAAGGUCGAAAAGAAUCAAGUCGUGCUACAGUACGGUCCGACGCAAGAUAUGCUCGCUGACAUCAUGACCAAGGCAAUCGCAGCGCCACAGUUUACCAUCCUCCGUACUAAACUCGGCAUCACUGUCGGUGUCGCUACCGAGUCGAGUGGGUUUGUUGUUUAA